AUGGUGUUUGGAUCGUGUUUCUCAUCUCUCAAAUUCUGGGGCAAUUCUCAGGAGCAAGAGGCGCAGCAGCGAGGGAGGAUGCAGGAGAUUGAUCUCGGGGUUCACACCAUAAGAAGCCAUGGAGGCAGAGUCGCUUCUAAACACAAACACGACUGGAUCAUUCUUGUCAUCUUGGGCGCCAUCGAGAUCGGCUUGAACCUCAUCUCUCCUUUCUACAGAUACGUUGGCAAAGACAUGAUGACUGAUCUCAAGUACCCUUUCAAUGACAACACCAUCCCUGUCUGGUCCGUUCCUUUGUACGCCGUUCUGCUUCCCAUCCUUGUCUUCGUCUGCUUCUACCUCAAGAGGAAAUGCGUUUACGAUCUCCACCACAGCAUUCUCGGCCUGGCCUUCGCCGUCUUGAUAACUGGUGUCAUCACCGACUCCAUCAAGGUCGCCACUGGACGCCCUCGUCCCAACUUCUACUGGCGUUGCUUCCCCGACGGCAAGGAGCUCUACGAUGCCUUGGGAGGUGUGAUAUGCCACGGGAAAGCAGCAGAGAUCAAGGAAGGCCACAAGAGCUUCCCGAGCGGACACACGUCCUGGUCCUUUGCAGGGCUAGGAUUCCUCUCCCUCUACUUGUCUGGCAAAAUCAAGGCCUUCAACAAUGAAGGACACAUCGCUAAGCUCUGCCUCGUCAUCUUCCCUCUGCUCACGGCCUGCCUGGUGGGGAUAUCGCGAGUGGAUGACUACUGGCACCACUGGCAAGACGUCUUUGCUGGAGCUCUCAUCGGCCUCUGUGUCUCCGCCUUCUGCUACCGUCAGUUCUACCCCAACCCUUACCACGAUGAAGGAUGGGGUCCCUAUGCGUAUUUCACGGCAGCACAAGAACGAGGACAAUCCCAAAACGGAGAUUCGUUGAGGACAAUGUCUCUGCAGGUCAACUCAACUACUCUGGAAAACAUGGAAUCUGGCACUUCCACUGCUCCCGCGAGAUGA